UCGAAAACAGUUUUGACUUUUUUUUCUGAUGCUAUAAACGAGCCGCGAGGACACGCUCGAUUUCACCAUGUCCGAGAUGAUGACUUUAUCUGCUUCAUGCAAAUGCAAAGCUAACGAUUUCUCCUUCUCCACCCCCCUUUCUGAUCUUCCUCUUCCUCUAUAUCUUUGCCACUGCUCAACGUGUCGAACAUCUAUGGGCACCUCUUUCGGUACCUUUUAUCUCCCGGCCCCUUGCUCGUAUAAUGGGGCAAUGCGGCCAUUCGCAGCAGGCGAGGUCCCAUCCACGCUCACCCGAUACGCGUCCAGCGAUCUUGCAGCGCGAUACUUCUGCUCUAAGUGUGGAGCUCACAUAUUCAUGCACUACGGAGGCGAAGACGCUCUCACUCCGACCGAUGGUGACCGAGACGAGUGGUGGGUUUGCAGUGGCGUCAUCGAUGGAGACUUGAGCCGCGAAGUCCCUCGGCUAUUCAAAACUGUAGCUCAGAUAUGGGUGGAUGGAACCAAGGACGGAGGACUUGCGUACCUAGCUGGCCAUCCCACCUCGGCAGACGUCGAACGAGUAACUGCACAUGAGACAGGAUCCAUCUCGCCCAAGUCACCUGUCAUACCCCAGACCUCACUUCAACAGCGUCUCCGCCAAUUCAUUUCCUCACCUUCCUCCUCAGGAGCCACCCGCGGCGAGAGCUUGAUUGCACAAUGUCAUUGUCACUCCACCACCAUUUUUCUCUCCCGCCCCGACGUCGCGUCGAGCUAUCCGCCCACUACACGCGAUGGCCCAGGCUGGCACGAAAGCCUCGACAGACCAGAGGGUGCUGAUGAAGUCUGGUGGUUGCGCCCGUCGUUGACCGAUCCGAGUAAACGAGAUCGGCUGGCCACUAUUCCCUGUGCAUGUACAGAUUGUCGAAAGUGUGCCGGUUCCGAGGCAGUCUCUUGGACAUAUACACCCACCGGUUCAGCAUCGCUCUACGCCCAAAAGCCUCAUCAACCGCAAGGGCCGAAGUAAAAGUCGUGCCAUGGUCCUCCAUCGCACCUUACGUCCGAUAUUCUCAAUCAAUCUCCACCGCUACCUCCACAACGGAGUCGCCCCCCGGAGAGCUCGAAGGGUACAGUCUCCCCUUCCGAGUUUAUAACUCCUCCAAAGAUACUUAUCGUGGCUUCUGUGGCACAUGUGGCGCCACGAUUUUCUGGUACGGUCCUCAAGGCGGUACUCGUGACAACAUGAUCGACCUUAGUGCAGCUUUGUUUUCCGAUCGAUCAGCGUUGGAUCCCGAUAUCACCCAGGCGACUCAGUUCAGUGGAAAUGAUAGUCUUGGAAGGGAUGAAAGGGAGGUAGGAUCGAGGAGGGAUGACUGGCUGGACUGGAUGGCGGAUCGUGUUACAGGGUUUUCCGAUGCGGAAGGACGUGGAGAUUUGGUCGAAAGGAUUGGUGAGGGCUUCAAAAGCAAGGGUUGGAAGGAAGGCUUGACUCUCUGACCUCCUCGACACGCGCUCAAACUAUGGCGUGGUUGUAAGAUUAAAUAGGAGAAUAAAUGUUGUACAUGAUGUCACACGAGUCGUUCGCCUGCUCAUAGCGCCGUUCUCUCGGUUCAGGACAAAGAAUGACUCCCUGAUCUGGAUAACAAAGCAAUUUAAAUUUCAUUUGGCGACGUGUCAAAGGUGCUUGCUCGUUUUGCCGCAUGGCGUUCCUGCGGUAUAUAAGGGUUGCCAUUCCAUCCAUUCUUCUAUCACCAUCUCC